CAGUGAAGUGCAUCAGGAAUUUUCAAAAGAGACGCCAAACUAAAGGAACGGUCUUCCGAUUGAUCCAAACCGACCAUCUGCUCCGAAUCUCCUAAUUGAGAAUUACCGGACGGAGCUUCAUUUCAUUUGUGCCUGAAGAAUAGUGGUAGAGUGGAAAAUCCUAACGCACGAACAGAGGAGCCAGAUUUGGAAGGAAUUCGCGGAAUCACAAUUCGUUCUGCAGGCUCGUGCACUGUCUAACAAUUACGGUAAGUUAAUCUCCCUUUAAAAUGUCAUCUAUUAUGCACUUCUUCCUCAACGAUUUUCACGAGUUAGAUCGCCGAAAAAAGAAGGCUGUGAAUAAUAAUCUCUAACGGGAUAAGGUGAGGAACAUGCAACAGAGGUUCAAGCUUCAGCAACAGCAAGCCCUCAUGCAGCAAGGCUUGCUUCAGCAACAUCAGAUGUAUCACCCUGGGAUGCUAGCCGCUACUAUGUCCCAGAUUGAGCCUAUUCCAAGUGGAAAUUUGCCUCCGGGCUUUGACACCUCUACAUGCUGCAGUGUUUAUGUAGGAAAUAUUCAUGUAAAUGUUACUGAAAAACUUCUUGCUGAAGUCUUUCAAAGUGCUGGUCCUCUGGCUGGGUGCAAGCUCAUAAGGAAAGAAAAGUCCUCGUAUGGUUUUGUGGAUUACCAUGAUAGAGCAUCUGCAGCUCUUGCAAUAAUGACAUUGCAUGGACGCCAACUAUAUGGUCAGGCACUUAAGGUGAAUUGGGCAUAUGCCAAUACCCAUAGGGAGGAUACUUCAGGGCACUUCAAUAUAUUUGUUGGUGAUUUGAGUCCAGAGGUUACUGAUGCAACUUUAUUUGCAUGCUUCUCAGUCUAUCCUAGUUGUUCUGAUGCAAAGGUUAUGUGGGAUCUCAAAACUGGUCGGUCAAAAGGAUAUGGUUUUGUUUCUUUUCGUGAUCAGCAGGAUGCGCAAAAUGCCAUCAACGAUAUGACUGGUAAGUGGCUGGGAAAUAGGCAAAUACGAUGCAACUGGGGAACCAAGGGUGCUGGUAUAAGUACCAGUGAGGAGAAGAACAAUGACACUCAAAAUGCUGUUGUGCUUACAAAUGGGUCUUCAGAUGGAGGUCAGGAAUAUAAUAAUGAAGAUGCUCCUGAAAACAGUCCUGCCUAUACCACUGUUUAUGUUGGCAACCUUCCCCAUGAUGUAACACAAAAUGAACUCCACUAUCAGUUCCAUGCAUUGGGGGCUGGAGUUAUUGAGGAGGUCCGAGUUCAAAGGGAUAAAGGUUUUGGAUUUGUAAGAUACAACACUCAUGAAGAAUCAGAGUUGGCCAUUCAGAUGGCUAAUGGAAGAAUACUUCGUGGAAAAACAAUGAAGUGUUCAUGGGGUAACAAGCCAACACCUCCCGGAACAGCUUCGAACCCACUACCUCCUCCUGCACAACCAUAUCAAAUCCUUCCCACAGCAGGGAUGAACCAAGGCUAUUCUCCUACUGAGUUAUUGGCUUACCAGCGCCAACUGGCCUUGAGUCAGGCUGCUGUAUCUGGCCUUUCAGGUCAAGCUCUCGUGCAUAUGACUGGUCAACAUGGCCUAGCUGCAUCCUCCAUUGGCUUAAGCUCUGGGGGGUCCCAAGCCAUGUACGACGCAUAUUCUGGUAAUUCUUCAAGGCAGCACCUUAUGUACUAUCGUUGAUUUCUGGGGGCAUUGAUCCAUCCCAUGCGUCGAGCUUCCUAGUUCCACCUUCCGUUAUUAAUCUCGAAAAUCGGCCUUUUGAUUGAGUCACCACAUAAAUUUAUUUUUAUGGUGUUGUAUAUGUAGUAUUUUUUUCAUUGUUCGUCUGAUGACCCAAAAAGGGACCUUGCAUGGGUUUGCUAGACGCUGCUCCGCUGGGUUUUCUUUUUGGGUUUUAGUUUCUUAUUAAUUAAUGGUUUUGUAUAUGAUGAUUUUGGACUUUUCAUGUCAUUAAUUCCAUGAUUUUUGUUCUA